UCAUUUCAAAAAUGGAGAAAGGGUGAGUGGAUUUCUUGGCAAGAGGCCCAAGAGCAUAGCUGUCACUUCACUAUCAGCAAUCGAUGUUCGUCCACCUGAAUUGAAGAAUAUGUCCACUGUCUCUGAUCUCUUCAAAUCAAGCAUCAUGUCUACAAAUACAACAGGGGAAUACGUCACUGCUUCAGCACAGUCUCCAAUGAAUAGGUCAAGAUCAGCAGGCAAUCUGGAGUGUCUUGGUGAAGAUAGCUGUGUAUUUAAGGCUACUGAAGCAAUGUUUGAACAACCGCAAAGCAUAGUUCCAGCAAGAAGCUUAGCAAGCAGAAUCAGAGACUCAAUCAAGCGAAAACAUGUGCGGGAUGACUCGGUCUCGCGAAAAAAGAAGAAUCGAAGCAGAGACAGUAAAGACACGAGUAAAGAUGACAGUGGAGAUUACCAACGUCUCGAUCGCUUGAGGACGAAGUCUGGUGGCUAUAUGAAUCUUGCUCUGGCCCCAGUGCCUAAUCCCCAGGAAGACUCAAGAAGUGUCAAGUCCUGUGUGUCAGAUUAUCAGGAACUAGGUUCUGUAGUGAGUCACAUAAGAACAAAGUCUGGAGGCUUUUUGAAUUUGGCCCUAGAACCCUCUAGUGACAGUGUUAAUCGUGUAGAAACCUCAGACACUUUUUCUGGACCCCCAACUUCGAGGUCAGAGUCUUCAGUCCAAGACCAUCAUUCACGGUCAGUGUCUCCACUAUAUGGGCGUCUCUCCCAAGGUGAUGAUCAGCUUACAGCCCCUUGCACGGACUUUAUUAGGCGCAGGGUGAUAACUCCUGAUGGAUGUCUUAGCCAUAGCCUCUCCUCAUCAGGAUGCAGUGUGUACCAUUCUGCUUUGUCAAGCAGAAACAGUACACCAAACCCUGGUCCCCCAUUGCCUCCAAAACCUUUACAGCCAGUGAGUGGUAUGGGAGGAAUUUACCCCAAAGUGAAUCCUAAAGGAACUGCUCCCAACUAUGAGAAUGUGAGUGACCUCUCUAAGCAAUUAUCAUCCUCUGCAAAUGAAUUGAGUGACCGCUGGGCAGAUCGCACUCCCUAUGGGCAAGUCCCUCCUUAUGCCCAGGGAGGAGUGUGGCGCCACUAUCACUCCUCUCCAAGUAAGCGCCUAAUUGGACGCAAGAAAGGGAUCGAAAAUUACUAUGGGAGCAAAGCUUGUCUGCCUGGGUUGCUAACAAGAGAAGGAAAGGAAGUCGCUGUCUCAUCAAUACAACUGCUGCUGCUUCUUUUGGAGCCCGUUCGGCGAAGGAAGUUGCAUCUUCUGCUGCGGAUGAUGAGCAAGAUGUCUGGCAAUGAAAAAUUAUGCUUAGAUCAGGAGCAAACCACAAGAGCGCUUGUCUUGAAUACAUUCACACGUAGUAUUCUACUUUGUGAUCAAGAGGCUGACUAUGAUGAGGUACUGUCUCUGCGCAUAAUAUCUUUCCUGAUGGACAACCAUGAGGAGGUACUUCGUCCCCCACAAGACCUGGCUGUCCUUGUCCAUAGGAGGCUUUCAGAGAUUCAGCGCAGUCAGAUCGUCUAUGGCUCCACAGUGGGGGAUAGAGGCGUGACCCUGACUUACUGUCGCCAGAUUACCAACAAGGAGUUUGAGCGGCAACGCAUGACUGGAUCUCAGCUGUUUCUGGCCCAGCUUCUUGACCAGAUUGUUGAAAAUGAUAAAUUAUCAAGCAAGGAGAAGAAAAAGAAGCUCAAAGAGUUCAAGUCACUCUACCCCGAAGUGUAUGCAGCAAGGUUUCCUGGUGAGGAACAGAAGGUGGAGAGCCGCAGCAAGAUGAAGAGCUUGAUGAAACUGGCUUCUUUAUCUUCUCUUGGGAAAGGUCGCUCCUUGAGAAUGUAAAUAUGCAAGAGUACCAACCAAAGAUGCAAUUACUGAAGUGUCAUUUCUACAUACUCUUCUGCCACUCUUGGUGUGAGAAAGAUUGACUGUGGUCUUACGAAAGUUUUAAACAGCUGAUCCUGUGAUUGAUGCCUGUUUUUAGAAAUACGAAUAGUGCAAUUUUACAAAUAAGGACCAAAGGGAAAGAAAAAUGAAAAAACAGCCUUUCUAGGUCUCAGGUACUUGAAAAUGCCUUAUUGUGAAUAAUUUAACUUGCUAUAGAAGGAAGUAUGUGCUUGCAUGUGUGUGAGGUGUGUACAGUGAAGUCAUUUAUAUACAUACAAACUUACUCAACUUUUCUUGAUACAAAUAUGAAUCUGUCUUUGUGUGCUUUGACUUCUUGCAUGUCUUUAGUGUGUUUUUACUGUUUUUUUCCUUUCACCUGUAAAAAUCCAUUAAAUAGAUUUAUUACUAUCAUAAAGUCUUCUGUUAUCAGUCAGAUAAUCAGCAUCACUCAGUAUUAUUGCAAAGCCAAAUUGAGGUCAUUUAUAUGGAAGAUAAGAUGGAGAUGCUUUUCAUCAUAAUUAUUUUAAUAUCUUUUAGCUUUUAUACAGUUGCAAUAAUGUCUUUCAUAUGAUUGUUUCUGUACAGUAUAUAGGACUGUAUUAAACAUUUUAGAUGGACGAAUGCAAAUAUUGAUAUAUAAAUCUGGCACGACUUUUCUUGUGCCAUUUGACUGUAAAUAAUUAAUGUGCCAAACAUCAGCAUCAGCAGGAUAAAACUUAACCUCUGUUUGAUAUGAUCAUUUAAUACAUUUUCAUUAAAGGUUGAAUAUUU